CCUGAGGCUACUCGGCUGCACGAGGCAUCCCUGUGCUGCCACCAGGACUGUUGUAGGUGGGGUGCUGUGCUGGGCGCACCCUGCUGCAGUGCUUCCGGAAGCCAGGCAUCUGCCUGGGCAGGGAGGCUGGGUGGCCUCACACCGCUUUCCUCAGCCUCCACUUCCACUUCCCUGGGCCCCGCCUCUCCUCGGCUGGCAAAUCCGGCCCCAGAGCGUCCCCGUGGGAGGCUGCCUGGGUGCCAUCAGGAGAGAACGCAGAAAGAGCCAGGAGGCUACCACCUGUCCCCAGCCUGCUGCCUGUCCCUCAGUGGCCAAGGACCCCAGCGCCGAGUCAUGUCUGACUACGAGAACGAUGACGAGUGCUGGAAUGUGCUGGAAGGAUUCCGGGUGAAGCUCAUCUCUGUCAUCGACCCCGCACGCAUCACCCCCUAUCUGCGGCAGUGCAAGGUCCUGAACCCCGAUGAUGAGGAGCAGGUGCUCAGCGACCCCAACUUGGUCAUUCGCAAGCGGAAAGUGGGGGUGCUCCUGGACAUCCUGCAGCGCACUGGCCAUAAGGGCUAUGUGGCCUUCCUCGAGAGCCUGGAGCUGUACUACCCGCAGCUCUACAAGAGGGUCACAGGCAAGGAGCCCACCCGGGUCUUCUCCAUGAUUAUCGACGCGUCCGGGGAGUCGGGCCUGACGCAGUUGCUCAUGAGCGAGGUGAUGAAGCUGCAGAAGAAGGUGCAGGAGCUGUCGGCGCUGCUCUGCUCCAAGGACGACUUCAUCAAGGAGCUGCGGGUGAAGGACAGCCUUCUGCGCAAGCACCAGGAGCGUGUGCAGCGGCUGCGCCAGGAGUGCGAGGCGGGCGGCCGCGAGCUGAAGCGCUGCAAGGACCAGAACUACGAGCUGGCCCUGCGCCUGGCCCGCCAGAGCGAGGAGAAGGGCGCCGCGCUCAUGCGCAACCGGGACCUGCAGCUCGAGAUCGACCGGCUCAAGCACAGCCUCAUGAAGGCCGAGGACGACUGCACGGUGGAGCGGAGGCACACGCUGAAGCUGCGGCACGCCAUGGAGCAGCGGCCCAGCCACGAGCGCCUGUGGGAGCUGCAGCAGGAGAAGGCGCUGCUGCAGGCCCGUGUGCAGGAGCUGGAGGCCGCCGCGCAGGUGGGCCUCGGCUGCGCGGGCCCCGGUGCAGGGGGUGCCGGCCUGGCCGCUGCCCUGCCCGGCCCCUCUCCUCCGCAGGAAGGGCCGCUGGACAGAGGCAGCCCCUACAUGCAGGUGCCGGAGGAAGACUGGCGCCAGGCCCUGCGUGCCCGCCAGGAACAGGCCCGCACCAUCUUCUCCCUGCGUAAGGAUCUGCGGCAGGCCGAGGCCCUGCGUGGCCGGUGCCAGGAGGAGAAGGAGAUGCUGGAGCUACAGGUGCAGGCCCUGCGCAAGGACUCCAAGAUGUACCAGGAGCGCAUUGAGGCCAUCCUGCAGCAGAUGGACGAGGUGGCCAGCGAGCGGGACCAGGCACUGGCGUCGCGGGAGGAGCUGCAUGCGCAGUACGCCCGGAGCCUGCAGGACAAGGACGAGCUUCGCAAGCGGGCGCGGGAGCUAGCGGAGCGAGCAGACGAGCUGCAGCUGCAGCUGUUCCAGUGUGAGGCCCGGCUGCUAGCAGCACAGGGCCGGCUGGGGCAGCGGCAGGACAAGCUGGUGCUGAGCUCUGACCUGGAAGACAGCUCGCCCCGGAAAUCCCAGGAGCUCUCGCUCUCCCAGGACCCGGAGGAGGAUGCCCCACUCUCAGACAAAGGAAGCGUGGGGGAUGGGGAGAACCCGGAGCAGCCCACGGAGGCCCUGCACAUGGAGUGUCUGUCGCUGACCCACCACGAGACGGGAGCUGAGCCCCCGGAGAAGGAGCGGCGGCGUCUCAAGGAGAGCUUCGAGAACUACCGCAGGAAGCGGGCGCUGCGGAAGAUGCAACACGCCUCGCGGCAGGGUGAAGCGGACUGGGAGAACACCACCGGCAGCGACAACACCGACACCGAAGGCUCGUAGCGCCGCGGCGGCGUGACCCCGUCCCCAAAUAAACGCGCGACCCGCGGCUCCGCGCCUCCGCGUACCUUUUCCCGCCGCCCGCCAGGGGGCAGCAGAGCGCGCCGUGCUGCGGCGCCGGGAGCGGGGCGGGUUCUUCCGCCG